AUGUCCGAUCCUCUUCCCGAGGACCACGGGCCACAGAAGCAGGGUCGUGUUGAACUUGCAGAGUCAAAAGACGGCGAAAUGGAACACAAGUUGGAGGACCAGCCCAGUCCGGGCAUUCGGGACAGCAAGGGAUGGGACGGGAAGCUCAGGUUUCCAAAGAACGCUGUCGUCACGAACCCCGAAGCGUUGUCAGAUGCCGAGUACUCUGAUGAUGAAAACGUCAACCCGGGCGAUGUGAUCCCGGCCGAUGAAGAUCUUCUCGACGGUGAACCAUUAGAUACGGAGGAACUCAACGCCACGCACUCUCGCAUCCGCAGCAUUCCAAGCCUCAAACUCGACCGUUUUAAGCAAGUUGUCAGCCUCUGCCUGCGUCAAAAUAUCAUACAAGAAAUCGAUGGACUUGCCUGCCUGGCAGAUACUCUACAAGAGCUCGACCUAUACGACAAUCUCAUAACACACAUCAAGGGGCUGGGCGAGUUGAAGGCCCUCACAUGGCUGGACCUGAGCUUCAACAAGAUCAAACGCAUCGAGAAUGUCAACCACUUGACGGAGCUCACUGAUCUGUUUUUCGUCGCCAAUAAGAUCAGGACAAUUGAGAACCUCGAGGGGUUGAACAAGCUGCGCAUGCUGGAGCUCGGAUCGAACCGGAUCCGUGAGAUGCAGAAUCUCGAUUCGCUCAAGGAGCUUCAGGAGCUCUACGUAGCAAAGAACAAGAUCACGGAGCUGACUGGACUGGCUGGGCUCCCGAAGCUCCGUCUUCUGAGCAUACAAUCCAAUCGAAUCCGGGAUCUUUCGCCUUUGAGGGACGUUCCUACGCUCGAGGAGCUAUACAUAACACACAAUGCCCUGACAUCUCUGGAGGGACUGGAGCACAACAUAAACCUCAAGGUUCUGGAUGUUUCAAACAACCAGAUCUCCAGUCUGAAGGGCCUCGGGCCGCUGAAGGAAUUGACCGACUUUUGGGCCAGCUAUAACCAGAUAGGCGACUUUGCUGAGGUGGAGAAGGAGCUCAAGGACAAGGAGAAUCUCGAAACGGUCUACUUAGAAGGCAAUCCGCUGCAGCUACGGGCUCCGGCUCUAUACAGGAACAAAGUACGGCUGGCAUUGCCGCAAGUGAAGCAGAUUGAUGCCACUUUUGUUCGUUGA